CAUCACAGGCGCCCGAGCCCCGGGGCGCGGCGGGCAGCAGCCGCUGACGCGGGGCGCCGGCUGCCAACUUCGCGCGCGGAGCUCCCCGGCGGCGCGGUCCCGGCGGCGCGGGCGGCAUGAAGACGAGCCGCCGCGGCCGAGCGCUCCUGGCCGUGGCCCUGAACCUGCUGGCGCUGCUCUUCGCCACCACCGCCUUCCUCACCACGCACUGGUGCCAGGGCACGCAGCGGGUGCCCAAGCCGGGCUGCGGCCAGGGCGGGAGCGCCAACUGCCCCAACUCGGGCGCCAACGCCACGGCCAACGGCACCGCCGCCCCCGCCGUCCCCGCCGCCCCCGCCGCCCCCGCGGCCGGGAACGGCCCCCCUGGCGGCGCGCUCUACAGCUGGGAGACGGGAGACGACCGCUUCCUCUUCAGGAAUUUCCACACCGGCAUCUGGUACUCUUGCGAGGAGGAGCUCGGCGGGCUCGGUGAAAAAUGCCGCAGCUUCAUUGACCUGGCCCCGGCUUCAGAGAAAGGGGUCCUGUGGCUGUCGGUGGUCUCUGAGGUCCUCUACAUCCUCCUGCUGGUGGUUGGCUUCAGCCUCAUGUGUCUCGAGCUCUUCCACUCCAGCAAUGUCAUCGACGGGCUCAAGCUCAAUGCCUUCGCGGCUGUCUUCACGGUGCUCUCAGGCCUCCUGGGAAUGGUAGCCCACAUGAUGUACACGCAGGUGUUCCAGGUCACCGUGAGCCUCGGCCCUGAAGACUGGAGACCCCAUUCCUGGGACUACGGGUGGUCCUUCUGCCUGGCGUGGGGCUCCUUUACCUGCUGCAUGGCAGCCUCUGUCACCACACUCAACUCCUACACCAAGACGGUCAUUGAGUUCCGGCACAAGCGCAAAGUCUUUGAGCAGGGCUACCGGGAGGAGCCGACCUUCAUAGACCCUGAGGCCAUCAAGUACUUCCGGGAGAGGAUGGAGAAGGGGGACGGGCAUGAGGAGGAGGACUUUCGCUUGGACUGCCGCCACGAGAGAUACCCCGCCCGACACCAGCCACACGUGGGAGAUUCCUGGCCCCGGACCUCUGCACACGAGGCUCCAGAGCUGAGCCGCCAGUGCUGGGUCCUGGGGCACUGGGUGUGACGGUGAAGAGCCUGGUUCCAGACCUCGGGCCAUCAGCAGCAGCAGCAGCCCCCUGCCGCAGGAUCUGGCACCUUUGGAACCUGGCCUGUGUGCUGUGAACUCAGCCAGCCUGCGCGGGAGACACGUGGGCUGCCCUGCCCACGGCUGCCUGGGUCUCAGCGUCCCGGAAUUGGGGCCGGGGCGUCUGAGGGACUGCACAGGACUGCACAGUUCGACUUGGGGACAGCCACUCCUGACUCCUGCCACCAUCAUGCGCAGAGCCCUGCUGGGUGCAGCUGGGAUGCUGAGAAGGACACGGACCUUGGCUGCUAAAAGGCUGGGACCCAUGAGCCAGCCAGGAGGUCCCCUGUGGGGGACAGGAAAUGAGUGGGGCUUCCUGAAAGAGGGGCCGAGGCCUUGGCCCCACAGAGGGGGAGGGUCGCACUGCAGGCACACAGCAGGGACUCAAUAAAUGCUUGUUGGAUCUGU